AUGCCUGACUACGACUGGAAUAGUCCCAACAUUGGGUCGGCGAUCGGCAUCUCUGUCGGCGCCGGCCUCGCCACCGCGGUGGGCGGCGCUCUCGCCUUCUGCCCCUCCGUGCUCAAGAGCGUGCCGCCCAACAAGAUCCUCGCAGUCGCGCUCGCGCUCUCCGCGGGCGUGAUGCUGUACGUCUCCUUCAUCGAGAUCUUUGUGAAAUCGUACGAGUCCAUCGUCGACUCGGGCCAGACCACGGGCGCCGCGUCCGCCAUCACCACCACCUGCUUCUUUGGCGGCAUGUUCAUCACAAUGUUUGUCGACUGGCUGCUCAAACGCUACGGCGGUGCCUCCGAGGAGGGGCACUCCCACGGCCUGCCCAAGACUGCGUGCGCGUGCGACCCAAAGGCAGAAGUGCCGACGCCGGACCAGUCGGCCGCCUCGCUGGACGGGGAGGGGGAGGGCGACACGGAGGGCGACGCCGAAGCCCCCGGCGCCAGCGCCGCGAAGCAGGCGGGCCCGGCGGCUUCGGGCGUGGUUGUCGACGUCGGCGGCACGGGCGGUGUGGUCAACAUCGUCGACGGCGGCGGCGGCGCGGCGAGCAGCGCCGAGCUCCAAAAGAUGCUCGAGUCGGAGAGCGAGAAGAAGAAGCUGGCGCGGAUGGGGAUGCUGACGGCCCUCGCCAUCGGAAUACACAACUUCCCCGAGGGGCUGGCCACCUUUCUGGCGACCCUCGAGGACGAGAAGGUGGGCGCCUCCCUCGGCGUCGCCAUCGCCGUCCACAACGUGCCCGAGGGGCUUUGCGUCGCGAUGCCGGUGCUGUACGCCACGGGCAACAAGUGGAAGGCCUUUGGGUGGUCGCUGCUGUCGGGGCUGACCGAGCCGAUCGGAGGGCUCGUCGGGUUCGCGAUCCUGCAGCCCGUCUUCACCGACCUCGUCUUCGGCAUUGUCUUCUCGAUGGUGGGCGGCAUGAUGGUCUUCAUCGUGCUGCACGAGCUGCUGCCCGCCGCGCACCGCUACAUGGGGUCGCAGUGGAAAGCGACGGCGUGGCUCGUGCUCGGCAUGUUCAUCAUGGCCCUCUCGCUCGUCCUGUUCAAGCUCUAGCGCUGGUCCGCGGUGCGCGUCGCUCGCCAGCCCGCGCGGCGAGGGGGCGCACGUCGCACCGCGCGCUAGCGCGCUAGCGCUCUGAAUUGCACGCUCGUCCUCACGGUCUUCGGAGUUUGUACGUCAGCCGAGCCGUAUUAACGUUUCCGGAUAGAUCU